AUGGACUUCCAGGGUCUUCACUGCUACAUCGACCACCUUGCGGUGGUACAGCCAGAUGUUCCAGCAAGCCUUGAAGCCCGGACAGGAGCUUCUUGGAGCUAUCAGCAGCUGCACCGUGCAUCCUUGCGUGUGGCCGCUUUGCUAGCUCCACUGCUCGCCGAAAAUGGAGACAUCAAGGGACGGCCACCUCGACCAGCUGCCCUGGGACUUCCACGUGGAAAUGCGUGGUACGCCUGUUGCUACGCUUGCUGGCGCCUUGGAGUGCCGGUGGUAGCCAAUGAUGAGAUGCCGGACAAGGCAUCACAAGCCCAACGGGCUGAACGGCUUGCAAAAGAGCUUCGUCCACGAGUGGCAAUAGGCUUUGCCACCAAGAGCAUGCCGAACGAUUGCGUAUCCUUCAGUAUGGAGCAUAUCCUUGCUGCCAUUGAGACUGGCACUGAAGCUUCCAAGUCUGGGCCUCUCACGGGCCCUGACUCGGUGUUGCUUUACACCUACACCGGAGGAACCACCAAGCACAGCAAGUGUGUGGUGGUGAGUCAUGCUAUGGCCUUGUGGGAAUUGCAGAAUUACCACAUUGUCAUGCAGGGCCAUGUGAGCAGUGCAGAUCGUGUUUUGCAAUUCACCUCAGCCUACUGGGGAGCUGCAGCCUUUGGACAGAUUGACAUCGCCUUAGCCUUUGGCGCUUGCGUGGUGUUCUCGGAUCCUGAGGCUGAGAAAUUAGCUCCCCUCAUCGCCAAGCAUGAGAUCUCGGUACUGGGCACCGUCCCAUCACUCUUGCGCGCCACUUACCCUGGUGGCCCUGAAUCUAAAGCUCCUUCAUUGAAAGUCAUCCUCACCUGGGGCGAGGCCUUGUCAGUGAAGGUAUCCAAGCCUUGGAGAAAGGUUUGCUUUUUGGUCGACCUUCUCAUUGCGAGUGAGUAUUGGCUAGCCCUUUACAGCCACUGCGACGUGUACCGGGAUCCCGCAACGGGUCGUGAGAAGCACUUGCUGAUUCCUUUGCCCAAGCUUCAGAUGCAUUUGUUGAACGACGGUUUGGUGCUUCCAAAUGCUCCAGGCAAUGAGGGAGAGAUGAUUCUCACCGGGGCUACUGUGUCUCCAGGCUACAUCACUGACGGUUUCAUCGGCCCGAGUGAGAGCACCGAACAUAGCGACUAUGUGCAUCAGGGUGUCCGCUAUUUGCGUACUCGGGAUAAGUUGAGAUGGGUCUCCGCCAAGCGCUUGGUCUACUGUGGCCGCACUGGCUCCCUCGCCAAGAAAGGCGGGCAGUUUGUGGAUUUGGAGGAGCUGAGUGAGAGACUGCAAGCUUUGCCUGGCAUGCUCAGCUGUGCAAUUCUGGGUGGUGAAAGACUGGAGGCGUUUUGCACGCUUGAGGAGGAGUUGACCAUUCCACUCCAGCGUGUUCAGAAGGAAGCCCAGAAAAUCUGUGGCCCCACCGCGCGUGUGCAUUUCCGCACCCAGCUACCAAGACAUCCGGUGACGGGGAAAGUGGAUCGGCUUCAGCUGCAGGCACAGUUGGACACCUUGUUGCAAAGAGAGCUGACAUAUGAGGAGCAGAAGCGGUGGAUUCAAAGGCAGAUGCUUAGGGCAUACUGCAGCUGGUAUCCUGUGGCCUUGCUGUAUUUGGUUUGGGCGACUCUUGUUGGGGGGUUUCUGGACCUGAAGUCUUUGUGGUCCAUACCCCUACGUUUGCUUUUGCUUCCCUACAUGUGGGGAGCUUUGGCCUACACACCACUCCUGCCAUUGUCGAGCAAGCGAGAAAGGGCGGCCUACGAGAGCUGCAUUUGCCCUCCGGAGCUUCUACUCAUUCUCGUCGGGGUGCUGCCCUCGUUCUUGCUUUGCACUGCGCAAGUCUGGGCAUGCGCGCUGCUGGUGUGUGUGCGACGAGAAAGGGUCGCUGCCCUGCCAAUGCUGGCAGUGGGUGUUGUGUCCCCAUUCUUGCCAUUGGCCACUCAACUAUCACUUUGUGGAGGAUGCAUCAUUUGGGAUCUUAUGUUUCCACAUGAUGACCGCUUCUUGCUGCCAAGCCUGCCUCUUUGCUUCUAUUUGGUGCUGCCGAAAUGGCUUGGCGAUGAGCUCACUUGGCAUUUGGAGAAGAACUUCCUUCGUCGAAGGCUGAAAGACUUGCUGAUCCGCUUCUUCAUCAUUCCAAAGAUCCCUUGGGCUGCCAGUUGGGCUUGGGAAGACCACGGCCGUUCCUUCAGUAUCUUGGACAGUGUGGGCCCGGUGCGUGUGGCCAAAGGCAACUCUGGGCUCUCCUUAGCCGUCGAGUUCUCAGAGGAGAUCCAGGUGCCCUGCGCACGCCGCGCCGCGGACGUGGACGAGCACGCGAGUUCCGCCUCGCCGUCGACCGCGGUGGGCGAUGGCCAUGGCACGCUGGCGACGCUCGUGGCGCGUGCGGGGGGCGACCCAUCCAUGCUUUGCUUGGACUCGUUGCAGGCCACAGUGUUGGCUGAGUUGAUCCGUAAGGAGCUGCAUCAAUCUAUUUCGGUGGCCGAUGUACUGCGGAGCCAGAGCCUCCAAGAGAUGCAACAGAGAUGUGAACCUUGUGAAGAGGUGAAUUAUGAAGAGGAGCACGGAGACUUGGCUUCCCACAUCAAAAAAUGCGAGACCUUUCGAGUCUUUCUCCUCCAGUUCCCCCGUCAUCCCGUGGACUGGUGCUUACGCGUCGACGCUCCCAUCGACCUCCACGCCUUCCAACGGGCCGUGGACCGCUGCGUCGCUCAGCAUUCGGCGCUCCGGACCUCGGAGACGCCGGACGAAGCGCUGCGCGACACCAUGGACAAAGCGGCGGCCCUGUGGCAACUCUGGCGCGCGGUGGGGCGACGGUCGGACUGUUGGGAGCGAGUGAUGGCUUCCGCCCUCUUCGCGCUCUGGCCCCGGACGCGUGUCGCGCGCAGCGAGGAAGCGCCCCGUUUGGAAGUACGGGUGCCUCCGUUGGUGGAUGGUCGAGUGAGAGAUCCUCGCUGGGAUUGGGCGAGCCACGACCAGUACAUCCACUCAGUUUUUGACGACCUUUUGAAGCCAAGGCGUUGGCCCUUUGAUGUGGCCGUAGCCCCUUUGUUCCAUGGAACAGCGGCUGGGCAUAGUGCCAUUGAAGCGGCCUUGUCCAAACCAGCUUCCGAGGUGGCCUGGUACAUCUAUUGCAGCAUCACGCAUGCAUACUCUGAUGGUCUUUCAGGCCAAGCCCUCUUUGCUGACUUAUUGCGCUUCUACCACGAGGAGCGUGAAACUCAGGGUGGCCCUUCAUCGGCUGCCAAGGAGGAACUGGGCCCAACACCAGAGCCUUUGGCACUGCUGCAGCGUAGGCUGUGGCGUUCACUUUGUAAGCCAGGAAACCUGCCAGAGCCCAAUGAUGACUUGUACCAUGAAUCCAUUUGUGAUGAUUGGGGCAGGCGUGCUGGCCAGUCUCGUCGCAUCUAUUUUCACCCGAACGUCACCCGCACCUUGCGCCUCGCGGCUCGACAUUGCUUUGGCUGUUCCGUGGACCUCGCAUGGCUCACGGCCAUCAUGUGCACCAUGUUUCGUUUGUUCCCGCAGCAGCCGCGCAUGCUGUUGAUUCUGAAGGCCUCCUGUCGUGAUGGCCCUGGGCAAGGGCAGAUGGUGGGUUUUCUCAGCGAGGCACGCCUCAUUGCGGUUGAUGCUGGCGAUUUGGCCACGGCAAACAUUUGGGAGGUGCAUAAACUCAUUGAUUCUGCACGGCUUGCACGUGACUGGCGAGCACCAGAACCGUUCGAGUUUGGACUUUGUGUUUAUGUGAACAUCGUCUCUGCAAUGGUGGACAGCUUGCCACCGGGCUAUCGUCACCUAGUGCGCGAGGCGGCUCCUCCCAGUCGGUGGUACUCCACUGCCUACAGCCACUUGAACUUGAGGAUUGAUCAGCUCCAGCUGGAUGAUUGGGACUUCCGUAUCUUCCACCACGAUUCCGCUUGGGGCUGGGACUGGCCCACCAACUUCGCGCACGACCUGGCCGACACCGUGCGCCGCAUGGCGCUCACCCCCACCGCGCCGGUCGUGGGCGACCUGGGGCCGGUGGAGAGGAGUGGAGCCGCGGAGACGGGGUCGUCCAAGCGGAGCGCGGAGAUCGAGACGGUGGAGAGGGCGGCGAAGCUUCGGAGAAGGGGAGGGAAUGAAGGGUGA